AUGUCUGCCAGUUUGUGGGAUGAUUCUGAUUCGGACGACAACUUGCCAGCUGAAUGGGAACAAACUUAUCAGGAUAAUUUCGUUAUUUACUACAAUCGGUUGACUAGGCUUUCGCAAAAGACUCAUCCUAUUUCAGGCCGUAUUAAGCAAUUACCAUCUGUGUUACCCAAAAGUUGGUCUUCUUGCCCCGACAAAUCUGGAAAAACAGUUUAUUUAAAUUCUGAAACUGGCUGUUCAACUUAUUCUGACCCUCGGCUUGCUUCUGCUCUAUUAACCCAUUCUGCGAAAUUAAAUAGAGGUACCCAAUUUAAAUUUGACAAAUUCUCAAGCGUUAAUGAUAUUCUAUUAAAUAAAGAUCUUCGUGGGUUUUACGCUCUUGUAACAAAUUCAGGCUGUGGUCUUGGUUUAUCAAUCGCUCUUCAUCUCGUCCGACAUGGAGCUACUGUUAUAUGCGCUUGUGUUAAAUGUCCAGAAAAUGCUAUUCCCAUAUGUGCUGAAACGAAAGCAUUUGGUAAAAACAAUAUCUUUGUAGAUUCUAUUAUGAAGUCCAAUAAUAAAGAUUCAUGUCAGUUAUAUUGGAUACCGUAUAAUCCUUUUGAACUAUAUAGUAUCAUUCAAUCCGUUCACAUAUUGCAGUCAUUGAACUGGCCUCUCCAUGCAUGUAUCAUAACUGAUGAUCUAUUUCCUUUUGCUCAAUGGAAUUUCCUCCAGCCUUUUACAAAAAUUGUGUCUUGUUUGAGUGCAAUGUUUUCGUCCAAAAUUUUAUGCUGGUUUAAAUCUAUUUUCAAGUCUGUAAGAAAUUAUGAGAUACAAGUGUUAAAUUGGAUUGGCAAAAAAGUACUUCCUUCAUGGAUUCCUGCUUAUUCAUGUGAAUGUUCAUAUAAACAUUUCUCAUAUUUAACUUCUGAUGGAUUUGAAAUAUCAAUGCAAUACAAUUUUUUAGCUCCUGCAUUGUUUUUAGAUCGAUUAUUAAAAGCAAGGUUUAUGAAUCGUUCACCUAUUUCGACUACUUCGUCGGGUAAUACAUUAUUUGACGACUCAACUUUACGUAUAGUGAUAGUUUCAUCAGAGAUUCACAAAGAGGGCAAUUUGCAACACUGUAUUAAAAAACUGAAUAUUUCGAAGAUGUUUCAAACAAUUCCAAGAUCUUCAUAUGAUUCGAUGAGACAAUAUGCAAAUUCCAAAUUAUGUAUGUUAUUAUUUAUUCGUGAAUAUCAACAACGUAUUCGUCAGCAUAAUGAAAUGAACACGUUUUCAGUCACUACACCUACAAUGUUGGCUUGUACUGGAUGUGACCCGUUUAGUGUGUAUUGUAUUAAACAAUUUUUUAUGAAUCUUUGCUGUCUGUCUAUCAAAAACCCAUUUCUUUUAGUGCUACAAAUAGUAUAUCUUUUAUCAAGACCAUUCGGUAUGUCUUUGGAUCAGGUGAUUGCUAAUCCUUUACUUUGUGCUGUGCACAGAGUCACAACUUUAGAACAAUUAGUAACUGGUCAUUCUAAACAGAUGUCGUAUUUCGAUAAGUGCCAACCUUCCACCACAUUAUUAGAUGAUCUACGAGUUUUUGAAUUGGACUUUUUAUCCAAAACUAUAUUUACCAAUACUGUAACUAUUUUUCGUGAAUAUGAAUAA